AUUUACAAUUUUCCGUUCAUUGUAUACAGAAUCUCGUUUCCUUUUUUCCGUAUUAUAUGUUUUUAUUGUGACAAGAUAAAUACGUGAGUUCGCGUAAAUACCCAACUAUAUAUCUUCAAAUCGGUCGGCAGAAAUAGUUUCUCACGACUCUAACUGAUAGUUAUGGAAUAACAAUUGAAUAAGCUCAACGACACAACUAAGCUUAGCAUAUUAAAUAAAAUGGUAAACAGCCACUUCAUUAUUGACUGCCCACUGCAUUUCCAUGCAUUGAAAAAAAUUGGAAAUAGAUAAAUUCAAUCCAGUCAAUCAUUAAUAUAUCGAUACAUAUUCUUGUGGACAAAAUUAAAAUUCGAGAAUUAUCUAUUGUUGCUUAAAAAAUGACACUUCAAAGUAAUCAAAUUUGGCAGCGGACUUUUUUAAUGACAUAUGUACUGCUUUCUGCAGUAGGCUUAGAUGCUGUAACUAACAUUCAAGGUGUGCCAACAUGGAUUUGUCUGGGCUUGAAGUCGCCAUUCAUCGAAUUUGGAAUGCAAAUAGAACAACUCGCUAAUAAUAGUAUACCGCUAAAUAUUACAAAAGAUGAGCAAGCAUAUAUGCAUCAGGAAGGACUCCGUAAAUUGGGAACAUUUAUAAAGCCUGUGGACUUACGUGAUUCAACAACUGGCUUUGUAAAAGCAGAUCUAACCAAAAGAUUACAAUCACCCAGCGCUCAGGCAAGACGAUUACAUCCAAUUCAGGAAGAAAUGGAUCAGAAACAAAUAAUACUUCUCGAUGAGGACACAGACGAAAACGGUCUUCCAACUAGCCUGACAGAUGAGGACCGAAAGUUCAUUGUACCAAUGGCGCUCAAAAAUUCCUCUCCUGAGGUACGCUGGUCUGUUCCUGCAAAAUCGACUACAGUAGAGCCCAACCGCGCGGCGUUUACCUCGGGCUCUUGGCGACAAAGUGCAAAUAUGCAUUUAAGCACAACGACACCACCAGAACCUACAUCGAACAUAGACGACUUGAAAAAGCAUAUACUGUUUUUGCACAACAUGACAAAAAGUGAUAACAACUUUGAAUCAAAAUUUGUAAAAUUUCCCAGCCUACAAAAAGAAAAGGAUAAGCAAGCAGCAUCGUUGGGUCCUGUAAAAAAGCCCCAAAGACCUGUGCUACAAUAUGCAGCCCCAAUAGCGCCUCCCACAAGAACGGUUCCGUUUGGAGCUCACACACCUGGUCAAAAACCAUUUGGUGGCUAUUAUCUUCAUGAAGACGACACAAACGGCCCGUCAAGUUUUCUUCAAUCGAAUAGUGGGUCUGUUGGAGCAGUGGAACGGAUGAAAGAAGAAAGUGUAACUAAUAUUAUAUCCCGGGUUCAUUUGCUAAGCGAUGAGACUUCAACAACAACUAGCUCAAUUGCUUGGGAAAAUACACUUUCAACAACAGAAACAUCAACAAAGCGUACCACAAAGCGUCCAGUUUGCUUACGAAAUCCCGAUUCUCCAAAGUGUGUAAAGCAACGACAGCGUGAGGAACAACAACGACAACGUGAACGUGAUGAAUGGUUUCGUGGGCAAUCUGAGUUUUUAAGACCCAGAUUUGAACCUUUUAUACAAACAAUUAAUAACACCAAACGCUUUGCAGUGUCAAUUGAAAUACCCGAUUCUUUUAAAGUUUAUCCAGGGUCACCAUUACUAAAUGAAGAUCACGAACAAAAAAGAUUGUCGCGCGUCAUGAGAUCCCAAGACUUAAGUAAAGAUAAAAGUGAGAGCGAGUUGGAUUCUAACAACUAUUUCGCUCAAGGCAUUAUCAUGACAUCAGCUGGAGUUGCAAAUAAUCGUGAAUUUAUGCUUGCAAAUGUGCAUAAUUUUUCAAGUGACCGAAACAAUGAAACCGCGCUUAACCCCCCAGCAUAUUCAGAGAUUAUCAACUUAGAUCCAGAUAAUUGUUAUAAAGUUAAUGGAUUUGCUCUUGGGCAAAAAAAGCUUUGUGCUCUAUAUACUAGUGUAAUGCCCGCUAUUAGUCGAGGAGCACGUGCUGCCAUACAAGAAUGUCAAUUUCAAUUUAAGACCCGUCGUUGGAAUUGCAGCACAAUCGAUGAUGAAACUGUUUUUGGACCUAUGACUAGCUUAGGAUCUCCAGAAAUGGCGUUUAUACAUGCUUUAGCUGCAGCAACUGUGACUAGUUUUGUUGCAAGGGCCUGCCGAGACGGUCAGCUAACCUCGUGUGGCUGUUCUCGUGGAUCUCGACCGAAACAACUACACGACGAUUGGACAUGGGGAGGAUGUGGCGAUAACCUUGAGUAUGCUUAUAAGUAAGUUAGUGUUGAGUUUCUAUACUAUUUGCAUUACAUAAAAAAAUGAGCUCAGCAAAGCCCCAGUU